CUACCGGUCCCAGUAGACAUCCUCUCCGACUCCGACGAUGAUCGCCGCAGCUCAGGCAACGUCCGCCGUCGGCACGACACCAUCGACCUCUCGACCCCCCUGGCAGUCACCCGCAAAAAGCAAAGGGUCGAUUCGAGCCCCACUGUUUUAGUCAUCGAUGAUGACCAGACCCCGGAGAAGCAUGCUCUGGGUCCCACCUCAUCCGCCUCCAUUCUUUCCAUUGUGCCCGAGACACCGUUCUCCGACUUCUCGAAACCCGAUUUUGCCACUGUGAAAUUCUCCAAUUUCUCAUCUUCAAUUUCAAACCCCACCUCCCCAGGACUAUCUUUUGUUGAAGAGACACCAAUAUCUGAUAAAUCAAGACUUGACAUCUCAAUGGAUGAAUGCACAAAGGGCAUUGAGGGCCCUAAAAGCAUUGCCACUCCUUUCACGAACAAUUACAAGAAUUCAGGACCAUCUUUUGUUGACGAGACAGAUCAGAAAUCAAGAUUCGAUUUUUUGAUGGAAAAAUGCACAAAAAGCAUUGGGAGUCCUCAAAACCGAACCUCCCCUCUCACGAACAAUUAUAAGAGUUCAGGACCAUCUUUCCCCGAGGAGACACUUGAGAAAUCAAUAUCCGAUUUUUCGAUGGACAAACACUCAAAAGGCAUUGAGGAUCCUCAAAACCUAACCUCUCCAGUGACAAACAUUUAUAAGAGUUCAGGACCAUCUUUUGCUGAGGAGACACCUGUAUCUGAGAUAUCAAGAUUCAAUUUUUCAAUGGCCAAAUGCACAAAGGGCAAUGAGGGCCCACAAAACCUGAUGUGUUCUGUCAUGAAUAAUUACAAAAGUUCAGGAACUGACCAGCUGAUCUGUGUAGAUUCUGAUAGUGACUCUGACAGUGGUAGUAAGCUUGGAUCUCAGAAAUGUAACGACCGGGUUGGUUUUACUGUUGAAGUUGAAGGUGGAGCAGAAUUGAGCUCUCAAAUCAUUCGGUCCACAUGUUUUCGAGGUAGUACUGAUGCCUCACAAGUAUCAGAUAUUAAUUCUCAGCCAACUGCAUUUCAAAAUGACAUCCUUUUGGAUUAUCAAGGGCCUUGUGAAAAAACUGACAGAUUGGAGUCCUUUGAAAAGGUUACGAAACCAAAUAGUAAAAUCAGAGAUAACUUAGGUAGAAAAAGUAAAGUUGAUGAAGACAGAGAGAGAAAAAGGGCUUUGAAGGAAGAGAAGCUUCGUCUAAAGGAAGAAAAGAAACUUAAAAAAGAACUAGAGAAAAAGCAGAAAGCCGCUCAGAAGGUUGAAGCUGUAGAGAUGAAAAAGGCACAAAAAGAAAUGCAGAAAUGGGAAAAAGGAAAACAUGCCCUGAAGUCCAUUGUGGCACUCAUUGAUACAAGAGUAGUGGAACUAGGUCCAAUAGGAGGACAUUUAAUAACAAGACUUGCAGAGAAAGGUAUUUCUUACCGAAUAACAUCAAAUCCAAUAGAAAAGUCUAUUCUAUGGACUAUGAGCAUUCCAGAAAAAUUAUCAGAGAUUUCUUUUGAACCCGUCGACAUUCGUUAUGUGUUACUCUUAUAUGAGGCUGAAGAGUUCUGCAACCUUGUCUUGAAUGGAUCUCUCCUAAAUCAUGUUUCCAAUGCACGGAGCCUUUUUCCAUUGCAUAAGCUCUGCUGUCUCACAAACAGGCUUACGGCUUAUGUUAAUAAAAGGGAGCAAAGCCAUUACAAGGACCCUACCAAUAAUGCUGGUUGGAAACGUCCCCCUAUUGAGGAGGUUUUGGCAAAAUUAACGACUCAGUUUGUGGAUGUGCAUUCAAGACAGUGUGCUGAUGAAGCUGAAGUAGCAGACCAUGUUGUGUGUUUAACAUGUAAUCUUGCAUCUUGCCAAUUUAGAAAGAAGUUGUCUAGACUAUCAAUAAAGGCAAAUGGAUCCCUUAUUCCCAAGGAUUGUGUUGACAAAGAUCUGAUAAAGAAUAGCACAUGGUUGAAAGCACUCCUAGCGAUUCCUAAGGUACAACCACGAUUUGCCAUCACCAUUGGGAAGAAAUAUCCAACAAUGAAAUCUCUCUUGAGUGUAUAUAUGGACCCUAAUAAAUCAGUACAUGAAAAGGAGUUUCUGCUUUCAGAUCUGAGAAUUGAUGGUUUGUUUGGAGACAACAGAAGGUUAGGAGAGGUUUGUUCAAAGAGAGUGUACAGAAUACUAAUGGCUCAAUCAGGAGGCAUCAAAACUGAUGAUAUUGAAAGCGGAGCUGAUUUUUUUGCCACCCCAGUCGGCAGUGCUUCUCUGUCUUUGAAGUCGUCCAAAGUUGCAUAUUCUGACAUUUGUGUAUGAGUAGUUUGACACAUUGAACAUUUAGGACCCUACUGACCCUACUGUCCAACCUCAUUUAACAAUUUCAGAGGAUGAACCGGCCAAACGAAACAAAAAUAUCUGAACAAUGUAAUUUUGUUUUUGUUUCAG